AUGACCAGCACGCACGACGAACGAAUUGCAGCUCUUCAAACUUUCACCGCUUGUGACAUUUCAGAUGCACUCGUGAAGCUCAAAGUACCCGGGGCUGGCUUCCUGCCUGAUCUGCAACUGCUGGGCCAACCGAACCCCGCAGAUGCUCCCAUCACCAUAGCACCAGCAUCCACGAUACUCUUCGCUCGGAAGGGCGAAACGUUGGACUCGCCCGCGGCAAAUAUUCCCAAAAACACACACUGGGCUGAUAUCACCCAGCCUGGUACCAUCGUGAUCAUCAGACAGCCCGACGGGCAGAAGAAUGCCGUCUGCGGAGGAAUCAUGGCUGUGAGGAUGAAGGUUCGGCAAGCGAAGGCGAUCGUAGUAGUAGGUCGCGCCAGGGAUCUGGACGAACUAACCAGUACGGGUCUACCGGUCUGGUCAAGGGGACUCUCCACGGUUGGCGCAGGGGCAGAGAGCACCCCUUGGGCAGUCGAAGUACCUAUCAACGUCGAUGGCACGGUUGUCAACCCUGGCGAUCUCGUUUUCGCUGAUCCGGUGAAUGGGGUUGUCGUCAUCCCCAGGGAUCAAGUCGACAAGGUCCUAGAGCUCCUCCCCAAGCUCACAGCUGCCGACGACAAGGUCAAGGCGGACGUGCUGAAUGGUACAUCCGUUUUUGAUGCCUUUAAGGCGCACCGGAGCAAUCUCUAA